AUGGACGUGUGUUUUCCAGGCACCUCUGCUGUCACGGGUCCAGGCACAGUGAGGGGCUGGGAGCGGGGCUCGCUGACCGUGCGGUGUCGCUAUGGCCGAGGCUACGAGACCUAUGUGAAGUGGUGGUGUCGAGGGGCUCCCUGGAGCAGCUGCAACAUCCUUGUCAGAACCACCGGCUCGGAGCAGGAGGUGAAGAACGACCGCGUGUCCAUCAGGGACAAUCAGAGAUACCGCACGAUCACCGUGACCAUGGAGGCGCUCACGCGGGGCGAUGCGGACACUUACUGGUGUGGGGUUGAGAGAGACAGACUUCCUGACUUUGGGGCCCAAGUUAAAGUGACCGUUGACCCAGCCACCACACCCAACACCACCACCACCACCUCCGCUGCCAACACCACCACAUCCACAGCGCCAGUCACCCCAGAAGAGGGCAAAGACUCCCCGACUAUAACCGGUAGCAGGGAAAUGUUCACGAGGGUUCUCCUCCUCUUGGCGAUGCCCGUGCUGCUGGUCCUGACGGCGGCCUCGCUCCUGGCCUGGAGGCUGGUGAGAGGCCUGGCCGAGCUGAGGGACAGAGCCGAGGCCGCGCUGUCCUCCAGGACCUGCUGGACAGACCCCGUGUCCUGCCCCAGCCCCGCAGCCUCCAUCCCAGGCCCAGCCCCCCUCACCUGGGGCCACGAGCAGAAGCAGGGCCGGGAGCAGACCCAGCGCCAGAAAGGAGCGGUGCUCGUCGUCAGGAGCAGCCGCGGACAGCCAGACAGCCGGGAGGGCCUCAGCUGUUACCCGAGACUCGGCGUCUGA